GCGUUACUGUGACUGUACGAGCGAUACUUAUUGCAUCAACAAGAAAUCUUCGUCAGUGAGGAAGGAUGUCGAGCGCACCGGUACAACGUUUCAUUCAAUUUGGAGCUCACAAGGGCAAGGGUAUCGCUGUCUUCACCAGCGGUGGCGAUUCCCAGGGUAUGAAUGCAGCCGUCCGCGCCGUGGUUCGCAUGGGAAUCUAUGUUGGAUGCAAGGUGUACUUCAUCCGCGAAGGUUACCAGGGCAUGGUAGAUGGCGGAGAUAAUAUCGUUGAGGCAAACUGGUCGUCUGUUUCGAGCAUUAUCCACCGCGGAGGAACCGUAAUCGGUUCGGCUCGUUGCAAGGAUUUUCGCGAACGGGCUGGUCGUCUACAGGCCGCCUACAAUCUCGUUUCUCGCGGCAUUACCAACCUGGUUGUAAUCGGUGGCGAUGGGUCACUUACCGGAGCCAAUCUAUUCCGCCAGGAAUGGGGCAGUCUGCUGGAUGAACUGCUGGCCAGCAAUCGGAUCACCCAGGACCAACGCAUCAAGUACAAGAGUCUGCAUAUUGCUGGUAUGGUCGGAUCGAUCGACAACGAUUUCUGCGGCACCGACAUGACCAUUGGUACCGAUUCAGCGUUGCAUCGCAUUAUCGAAGCGAUCGAUGCAAUCGUCAGCACAGCAUACUCCCAUCAACGUACCUUUAUCAUGGAAGUUAUGGGACGCCAUUGUGGCUAUCUAGCGGUAGUGGCCGGUCUGUGCGUCGAGGCCGACUACAUUUUUAUUCCCGAAGAUCCACCAAAACCCGAUUGGCCGGAACGUCUCUGCAAGCAAUUGUCACAGGAGCGUUCCGCUGGGCAACGUUUAAACAUCAUCAUUGUAUCGGAAGGUGCGAUCGAUCGAGACGGCAAUCCGAUUACAGCUGAGAAGGUGAAGCAGGUGGUUGUUGAUCGACUGCAGCAGGACACUCGCAUUACCGUGUUAGGUCAUGUACAGCGUGGAGGCAAUCCGAGUGCAUUCGAUCGUGUGCUGGGUUGCCGUAUGGGCGCUGAGGCGGUGCUGGCACUGAUGGAAGCGGAUGACAAGACGGAACCAUGCGUUGUAUCACUGGAUGGCAAUCAAGCCGUGCGUGUUCCGUUGAUGGAAUGCGUCGAGCGGACGAAGGCCGUCGCGAAAGCAAUGGAAGAUAAGAACUGGGAAUUGGCGGUACAGCUGCGCGGACGCUCGUUUGCACGCAACCUCGAGACGUACAAGAUGCUGACACGUUUGAAGCCACCGAAGAGUGCAUUCGACGAACAAGGGCGUGGCGUUGGUGGGUAUACGAUGGCGGUAAUGCACAUUGGUGCACCGGCCUGCGGAAUGAACGCAGCCGUUCGCUCGUUUGUGCGUAACUGCAUCUACCGCGGUGAUACGGUGAUGGGCAUACACGACGGUAUUGAGGGACUGGUGGCAGGGCACAUCAAGAAGAUGGAAUGGUCUGAUGUCACGGGAUGGGUUGGACAGGGAGGUGCUUUCCUCGGCACGAAACGCACGCUCCCGGAGGGCCAAUUUAAGGAGAUUGCUGCAAGACUCAAGGAGUUUGGCAUCCAGGCGCUGUUGAUCGUGGGCGGUUUCGAGGCGUAUCACGCCGCUGGUCAAAUUACGGAUCAGCGAGGCAAGUUCAAAGAGUUUUGCAUCCCGGUCGUUGUCAUCCCGUCUACCAUCUCAAACAACAUGCCCGGAACAGAGUUUUCGCUCGGUGCCGACACCGGUCUAAACGAAAUUACGGAAAUCUGCGAUCGCAUCCGUCAGUCCGCUCAAGGUACUAAGCGGCGUGUGUUUGUCAUUGAGACGAUGGGUGGGUACUGUGGAUAUCUUGCCACAUUGGCGGGACUUGCCGGUGGAGCAGAUGCAGCAUACAUCUACGAAGAGAAGUUCACGAUCAAGGAUCUGCAGCAGGACGUGUACCAUAUGGCGUCGAAGAUGAGCGAUGGUGUCCAGCGCGGUCUUAUUCUGCGCAACGAAAAAGCGUCCGAAAAUUACAACACCGAGUUCAUCUAUCGCCUGUACUCGGAAGAAGGCAAGGGUUUGUUCUCCACGCGCAUGAACGUACUCGGCCACAUGCAGCAGGGUGGAUCGCCGACUCCUUUCGAUCGAAAUAUGGGCACCAAGAUGGCGGCCAAGUGCGUUGAGUGGCUGGUUGAACAAUUGAAGGCUAACACACAGCCCGAUGGAUCGAUUAACGCUACCGCCCCCGAGACUGCCUGUCUGUUGGGCCUCGUGCGUCGUCAGUACAAGUUUACCCCGCUUAAAGAGCUUAUCGGGGAGACCAACUUUUUGCAGCGCAUACCAAAGCACCAGUGGUGGCUGAAGCUGCGGCCGCUAUUAAGAAUCUUGGCCAAACACGACUCCACCUACGAAGAGGAGGGCAUGUACAUCACGGUCGAAGAAGAAAUGUCGACCGAUUCACCCUGCGCCUAAACUAAGAAA